AUGACAGACAAGUUCUCCAAGAUUGCGGCUGAAGAAAAUAGUCACCAAUCUGUCGGUUUAGAUGGCAGAGUCCUGGCAGCUUCUCUAUCAAGAACCACAAUCCCAAGCCCCGAAAACCCCAUAUUAGCUGAUAUCCAGCCUCUCAUCUCACCAAUUGCCAGAAAGAGAACUUGUUCAUUGAUCACAUCCGAAGCUGAAAGACAGGAGCGAUCCGCAUCCUCAAGCUCUUCAAAGUCCACAUCGUCGAAAGAAUCUAGCCUGCAAUUUUGUCUCUGUCAGCCCGAUCCCAAAAUCCCUCGCCCAAGAAAUGCUUUCAUUCUUUUCCGCCAGCAUUUCCAAGCAUCAGUCGUUGCCCAAAAUCCUGGCCUUGCAAAUCCCGAAAUAUCAAAGAUCAUAGGUGAAAAGUGGAGGACUCUUCCAUUAGAAUCGAAACAAGAUUGGAAGAAUCUGGCGGAGGAGGAAAAAGCUCGACACCAGCAGCAGUACCCUGAUUAUCGAUACCAGCCUCGCCGUUACGGCAGAACCGGUGGCAACAGCGCAGCGACUACCUCAGGCAUCAGCAACAAUCCGACAGGUGCUUCUGUAUGCAACAGAUGUGGUGGGCGGGUCAUGAAUCCUCCUUCUACGCCAAGUACACCAUUCACCUCUUCUGGCUCAAGUCCGGUAACUUCCACCUCGUCCUCCUGUCAGUCAAUUCAGCCUGUGCAACGAGAUUUUCAGGUGAGACGGUCUGAGGAUAGUAAUAGGCUGCCAAGUCCUAUCCAAGUAACAGGGAGUAUGGAUCGUCGAGUAGCAGUCCGUAACCAACUUCGUGAAGAGGCUACGCCUUUGGCACCUGAUGUCAAGCGACGGCGUUUCAACGGGAGCGGUAUAUAUGUUCCUAGCCGUGAUUUGAGUCCCGAAUACCCAUACUCACCCCGAAGGACAUCCCUUCCGCGGCCGGAUAGCCUUUACCUUAGAACUCCUUAUUCAUCAGGGGCUACUCCGCCUGGCCGUCCUUACCGGCAUGGAGCAACCCAGCAUAUACCUCUUGAUUCCAGUUUGACCCUUCCACCACUUCAGACAAUGUCUCUCUCACAACAAAACCAAUUUAACGUUGAGGCAAAAGUGAUGAGCAUAUCGCAUCUCAGCAAGAUCAAGGUUCUCGCGCGAAUUUCUCCUCCAGUAAUGGCAUGCCCCUCCAAGGGACACUCUAUCAGACGAGGAGCUUUGGUGGCAGUUGAAGGACAAAGGCGAGAGUCUGUCAAGUACAUGAUCCAACACCUGCAAGCCGCUUUAUCAAAGGAUGGCAAGAACAUUGUCCGAGUAUUUGAAGGCUCAGAAGCAAAACUGCAGCCAUGCGACAGUGAAACGACAGAAGAUUCCUGUGAUCCAACCGUCCAAUAUCUUAAAACAAUAUCUGCCUGGCACACGAUAUCCAAUGAAAUCGUGUCUUUUAUCAAAGGGGGGCCAGAGUCACCCACACAGUCAGCUGCACCGGAGGGGUGUGCCACCAGCGUAUCCCCUCGGUCUAUCAUCCCCAAAACAGCCCAACUUCGCAUCAGCUCUCCAGAUGUCCUUUCCCCCCUGACUGCACCUACGCUGGCGCCUACACCCACAUCCGCGUCCGCGCCGGCAACUGCAUCGAUGCCCGCAGAAUCCGAAUCACCGUUCCGAUUUGCUCUUGUACCACGUUACCAGCUAACGACAGCCGAUACCCACGCAUGUGCCAUCCCCAUCAACGACGCUUACACGCCCACCGACCACUGGCAAUGGAUGGCCUCGCUCUGGCGCGGGUGCGCUGGCCCUGAUGUCACAGUAUUGAUACGAGACUGCGAAAAAGAAGAGCUGGACAAAUUUGGCGGAAAUCCGGUCGAAAUACGGCUAGAGGAGGCUCGAACUCUAGUUGUGCGGCAGGUAGGUAAUUCGGCACAGGGGAUUGAAGAGAAGGCGUUGAGAAGGGUGGGGUUUGAGGUUGAGGAAUUCUUGAGGAAAUAG